GAACUAACAGCUUCCUAUUGCUAAUUGAACCCUUCUCUGCUUCCUUCAUCCUCCACACUUCACUCUCUUCAAUCCGAAUGUCGACUUCCCGUCAGGAUCAAACCCCUCGCCAUCACCUCCCUCAAUUCCAAUUCCAUCUUCUUCACCCCCAUUCUCAAUUCCAUCGCGAUCGCACUCUUACUUCUCAACCUUUCUCCUCUCCUUCUCACCAAUUCGCUUCUGAUGAUGCCCAUUCUGCUUUUGCAAAGCUUGCUAUUUUGCUAUGUUCAACUCUGUGUAAACAGCUGGAUCCCCGUUUGCCCCCACCGUUCCCUGUCUGCUUAGAAAUAAUUUAAGUCAAAGAUAUGAAAUUGAUAAUUCCAGGCCUCAGAUGAGUAAUACUGAAGUAGCUCCAGCUCCGAACAAAAUAGCUAAUCUUUCUCCACUCAAAACUGAGCCUGCCAUAAGAAAACAUCAUGGUAAAUCGGAAGUUUCAAGAAAUGCGAAAUCAGGGAAUCAAAGAUCAAAUUCCGGUUCAGAAAAGGAGAAUUUAUGAUAUUACAAAUGUUCUUGAAGGAAUAGGGUUGAUUGAAAAAACAUCAAAGAACCAUAUACGGUGGAAGGGAUAUGAUGGACUGGGGGCAGGCGAACUGGAUGAUCAAAUUACUAGACUAAAGUCUGAAGUUGAAAGUAUAUGCUCUGAGGAGUACCAACUUGAUGAUAUUAUAAGGAAAAAGCAAGAGCUCCUAAGAACUUUGGAGGAAGAUGAAAAUCAUCAAAAGUACCUUUUUUUGACUGAGGAAGAUAUUCUUGGCCUUCCAUGUUUCCAGGAUCAAACACUCAUUGCAAUCAAGGCACCCCAAGCUAGUUUCAUUGAAAUUCCUGAUCCUGAUGAGGAUAAUGAAUUCCGGCAAAGGCAGUACAAAAUGAUCGUUAGAAGCAGCACUGGACCAAUAGAUUUGUACCUCUUGAGCAAACACAACGCCAAUUAUGAGGAUGUUAGAGUCAAGCAACCUGCAUCGCUAGACCCUUCAUGGAACAGUGACCAGGGUGGAUUGAAGAGUUCGGAAUUACGUUUAGAAAGCCGAGAUGCCCAGACAAAUCCGUCUCAAAGUUGUAGCUUGCUGGACUCGGAGCCACCUGGCAUUCAGAAAAUUACGCCAAUGGAUUUUGAUAUCGAAGAUGACUACUGGUUCCAAUCAGAUCAUGGAGUGACCCUAACGGAUUUGUGGGCAAAUGAGGAGUCAGUUCACAUGGAUCAGGUUCUUCGAGAUGAAGACGAUUGUUCAAAUGAGGGUGGGGCGUUCAUCGAAAACACCAGCUUCCUGGACAGACGUGGUCAAUAGGUAAAUGAGACGGAGGCUGUUAGGUACUGCAGAUGAGAACAUUGGCAAUGUACAUAGACAGAUCGAGAUAAGGCAAUAGAUAGAGGAAGUCACAGAAGUGUAAAUUAUAUCAUUUUUAUGACACUACAGAUUGUGUCUUCUAGUGCGGUGAAUGUGUUAGUUGCAGAUAUCUAAUCUACCAUAGCUGUAAUCAACUCUAAUUUCCACAGCAACGGAACCCCGGCGUGGGCUGAGGUUUGCAGAUUGCAGGGUUGUGGAGCUUUACUUUAGUGUUAACUGCGUUUGAACUUUGCAAUCUCUUCAUAGUUCAUUCCUUUUUCUGAGUAUUUGUCAAGUUCAAACUUCAGAGAAAAAAACACCAUGUGUAUAUGGGAACUGUGUAAGUCUAAUUUAAAUAUGGAAUUUGCUUUGAACA